UUCAGUUCUUCGGUAGCGCUCGUAGAAGAAGCAAGCGAUUUUAGUGACCCGUCUUGUGAGGUUUGUGCUGAACGCAAUACUUGCAAAGUGUGAAGAGUGUGUGUGUUUGUGUGUGCGCGUAUGUGUCUGUGACACGUGUUGAACUGUGGAACCGCACAAAACGCGGAACGGUGGCACAUUUACAGAUUGCAGUGAGAGUGUUACAAGUGGCCGUGUUGUGAAUAUUUGUUGGACUUUCACCCUGUUGCCGCCCAAACGAUGACGAUGGACGUCAAGCAGUCACGGAUGAACGUGAAGAUAGCACCACCCCUACCGGACCAUCACCAGGACCAUCAGCACCUGCACCAGCACGCGGCCGUCGCCAGCAAACUAACCAACGACCGCAAAACCACUACGAAGCGCUCCUUCGACGUGGCGUUUCUGAUGCUGCCGGACGAGAAGCUGACACGCAAUGCAAAGCCCGCCAAACGGCCACUCCCACCGGCCCCACCAUCGCCCACCAUCGAUGUGGAGAGUGACUCGACCCAGUCGGAGGAUCUGUCCGUGAAGGGUGGCUUCAGCCCGAUCCGUUCGCCCGAAGUCGAGCGCCACUUCCCGCUGGACAUGCUGAGCGCGGGCCGCCAGCGAGCGCUGCUGGUGGCCGAUGGGUUGGCCGUGGAGCGCCAUACAGGCGCUCUCAUCCACCACCAUCCUCAGCAGCACCCGCAGCACCAUCAUCCCCAUCACCAGCCACUGCAGCCGCCGGCGGGCAGCGAGGAGCGGCUAGCGUACCUGUUCAACACCGGCGCACGGUUCUACGAGCAUCCGUUCGGGGCGUUCGGGCGCAGCGACCCGGACGCAGUGCAGCGCAGCGCCUUCCAGAAGGUGUCCAGCGCGGUGCCGACGGGUUCGCCGCUGCCCCCGCUCAGCCCGGACCGGCACAGCUGCCCCUCGACCAGUCCGCCCAUCUCGAUCAGCCCGUCCAGCUCGCAGACCGGCUCGGUCGGCGGUGGCUUCCGAUCGUACGAGUACGGCCCGUUCCUGUCGCCCAGCCCGGGCAGCAGCCCGUCAGCCCCGGCCGCCGGUUCCCCGUCGGCGAAAGCGAACGGUUGCGGUCCCGUGGCGGCCACUGCCUCACCCCUUCCCAUGCUGUACCGUCCGGCGGAUCCGUCCGAUGCGCCGAUGCCCGGCGCAGGCUACUUCCCGGGCGUUCCACCGUUCGCACUGCCCCCGUUUGCUGGCGGCGGGCCGGCCGCUGCCCCGCCCAUCCCGGAGGCGGUGGACGGCAUCAUCCGCAAUCCGGCGGCCGCCGCCAUCCUCUCCACGCUGCUGCCCUCCGCCAUGAGCACCUUCACGCUGUCGGCGCAGAACGUGUGUGCCAAGUGUAACAUCAGCUUCCGGAUGACGAGCGAUCUGGUGUACCAUAUGCGGUCGCACCACAAGAGCGAGCACGUGCACGACCAUGCCCGGCGCAAGCGGGAGGACAAGCUCAAGUGUCCGGUGUGCAACGAGAGCUUCCGGGAGCGGCACCACCUGACCCGGCACAUGACCGCCCACCAGGACAAGGCGGGCGAUCUGCUCGAGAAGGCACCGCCGGGCGUGAACGGGAAGGGUGCAGCAGCUACACGCCACCAACAGCAGCAGCAGCAGCAGCACCAUCAUCACCACCAGCCGCACCUUCACAUCGCUUCCCCGGGACGGCUUGCAUAACGCGAGCACUGGGAUGAACAUCUGUUGCGAUUUUUGGCACACAAAGGCGCCUGAUCGAGCCCCGCAUCGCGCCGGGCGGUGAUUAAAAUAUGUUUUAAUCAGCAACUGCUCGCGCUCUCGCUCUCUCACAAGGAAGGAUGCAGGCGAAGGCCGCCACCCUACUACCCGAUCAUUGUGGUCUCCUUUCUGCCCUGCUGGGAGGGAGUUUUCUUUCGGCAUGUGCAGCAUGUGCCAUGGAAUAAUGGGCAUUGUUCGCGUAGCUGGUGCGCGCGACAUGCAUUUGCACUCGCGGAAUGAUGGAAAAGAGGGAAUAUGUUAAAUUAAAUGCAAAAAUAUGUAUUAAUUAUUAAAAUGUGAUAUUAAAUGUACUUCAACCGAG